GAACACUCUUGUUCCAUGUGUUGUGGUUCAGAUCUGAGUUGCUUCGGCUCUGCAGUGCCCCCUGUGGCGGUCCUGGUCCUGGUUCUGGGUCCCCUGUCUGAAUGUGGGUUUCCCAGGGAGGGGGGUCUGCUGGGGUGUGGGACUCAGGGAGGCCUGCAGCAUGUUGAUGAAGAGGCUCUAUUCAACCUGCAGCAGAACAACAGAACACUCAGAGCUGAAUUAAAGACGCAGAGCAACAUUUCCUCAGGUCAGGACUCGGGUUCGAGUCUCCUUCAGGAUCUGACUAAAGCUGGUCUGAAGAAGGCAUACAGCAUCGACCAUGAACCUCCACCAAAGCAGCAGAACAUGAAAAAUGGAAAGCAUCCAAAAGGCAAAGCUUCAGCGUUCGCCGACCUGCACCAGAACCGACCCGACGGCCGGAAACCGUCUCCGGCGUCUGGCUUCGUCCCGCCGCCGGAUUACCUGGACGGAGACGAAGACGAUGACCUCAUCAAACCCAAGAAGCUCCUGAACCCGGUCAAGGCCUCCAAAAGCCACCAGGAGCUUCACCGAGAGCUGCUGAGCUGCAAACGUGUGGAGAUGAAGCCGGAGCUCCAGAGGGUUCUGGAGUCCAGGAGGAGAGAUCAACAGAUCCAACAGAAGAAACAAGAAGACGAAGCUCGAAGGAAGAUCUCACCUCUAGAGGCCGAACUGCUGAAGAGACACAAGAAGCUGGAGGAGCUGGAAAAACAACAACAGCAGCAGGAAAACCUGAAAGCUCCGGAGUUCGUCAAAGUCAAAGAGAAUCUGAGACGGACGUCCUUUACCAGCAAGGAGGAGAAGGAGGUGUAGGACAGACAGACAGACAGACAGGAAGACAGACAGACAGACAGACAGACAGACAGACAGACAG